AAGCAUAAGUUUGCUAAAACACAGGUUUUUCUGGAAGAAGAGAAUAGCAAAAAACCAUAAUAUAAACAUCAACUCUGAAUAAAACUAAAACAAAGCAUUCUUGUGAAUAUUUCGAAUAAAAUUAAAAAACAAUAACUCGUUUUGGAAUACGGGAAAAACUAAAAAUUUGCGAAUUAGAUUUUCUUUCUCUCUAAUAAUCUUAUUUACAUAUACUUAUUUGGAGUUAGCUACUCAACAAAUACCAGCAUAAACACCUUACCAAGUGAAAUAAAAAAUGCUGAAAGCUGAAUACAACACCACGAGUAUUAUUUAACUAUUCUGUCAAAAAAGUUCAAAUACCAUCAGAGAGAAAGAGACGAAGUGUUCUCAUGUUGAAAAAUAAAAGUAAAGUACUUCUUUUCCCCCCCUGGGAAUUCCCCAUGUUACAAAUAAUUCCAAGGAGUGCGAGUGAAAAAGACAUUUAAUUCUCUUUGUAUACUACACUUCGCGCUUGAAUAGGAGAUUCAAGAGAAAAGAAAAAAGAACUACCAAGGGGCGACAAAACUCAACUUAUUAAGCAAGCAAGUAUGAGUGUUGCUUUUUUAAUUUAGAUCGCAAGAAAUUCAGAAAAUGAAUUUAUUUUUAAUACAAAACUGAAAUAGAUUUAUUAGCCAAUUAACUCAAAAGGCUUUCAAUAAUUGUUCGAUUACUUGAUUCUCUAUUUCAUAACAAAAACGCGAAAAAUCUGUAGAUUAGCAGAAUCAGAAAGCGAUAACAAUUGAAUCGAGCCAGAGCCACUCAUGAAAGAUGUGUAUGUUGUGUUGUGCGCCGAAUAUGUGUACAUGUGAAUGGAUAAAAUAAAGUAAUAAAAUAAAAUAAAAUAAAAAGAAAAAAAAGAAAUUCUAAUUAUUAAAGUACCUAUUGAUGUUUCAUUUAGUUAACAUUAAGAAAAAUAACCUGAAUAAAUAUUUAAAGUUUUGUUUUCGAGACCAGUCAGUGAAAAAUAUAUUCGUUGAACUUGUUUUUGCUUUGCUUUUGCUUUGAUCUACGAUUUUAAAAUUGUCUCGCAAAGAAAAGGAAAAAGCCUUCAAUUUGCUGGAAAUCCUUAUGGCAACAAAAAAAUGAUGAGUGUGCUGCCAUCACCAUCAUCACCACCACCAACCUUAGGGCUCCUUGAGAUAAGGAAAAGCUGCAACAAUGUUUACGAAUAUCAUAAUUAAUGUACAAAUAAAAAAACAAAUCUACAAUAAAUCAAAUAUUAAAGAUAUUCAAACUGAUAUAUAAAAUAAGAAAGUUACAAAUGAACUCUUGGAAAAUAUUGAGAAAAUAUAAAUAGAGUAUAAGAAAAGAAGAAAAAAACAUCAUUCCAGAGAUACAACCCUUUAGCUAUGAGCACGUCAUCAUCAUUGACAACAUCAUCGAGUGGUAGUAAUUUAUUAUCAUCUUCAGUAUCAUCUUCUACACCAUUUUUGCUAUCCGAAGGAUCACCAGCCACAUCAUCAGUGGUGGAAUCUGCAGCAUUAUCGGUACAAUCUCAAGGAGGAACUGGAUCGCCACGUCAAGUACAAAGCGAAGGGGUUACGAUACCCCUGCAACAGCAGCAAGUGACAUCAGGAGGAGGACAAUUUGUAUCUACAUGCGAUUCUACAAUUGGAUUGAAUAGUUUACUAUUGGCAAACAACAACGAAGAAGUUACCUUAAAUCAAAAUAGCAACAGUAACAGCAGCAACAGCAGUGUAAAUAGUUGCAAUAGUACCAAUAAUAGUUCGGGAAGUAAUAACAGUACUGGUACAAUUGCCGCGAAUAAUAAGCUAGGCAAUUGUAUGUCAUUGGUUGGCCCAUUAACACCAUCACAAUUCAGUGGAGGAGGAGGCGUUGGUGGUGGAUGUAUUGGAAAUUCAAACGAAGUAGUUAAUAAUAAUCAAAAUAGCAACGACGUGCAGAGUGUUCCAGGUGAAAAUAACAACAACAACGUCACCAAUAAUAUAAAUACUGAAGGCAACGCUGGUGGCUCACCAGUUGGUGGUGGUGGCGAAGAUUUAGCUAAUGUUGUGAGUUUGGCUCAAUUGAGUCAGCAGCAGCAACAGCAAGAACAACCAUUGACGUCAUCCCCAAAUGGAACAGCAAUUAGCACAACAAUUACCACAAAUGCAUCAUCAACACUGACACCGGGCAACAACAAUACAACUGUUGUUGGCGGCUCAGUUGUAACUACACCAGCUGCAGUCCUAUCAUCUUUAUCAACUUCAUUAUCUCUAGCAUUGUCUUCAUCAUCGUCAUCGUCUUCAUCGUCAUCUUCAUCAUCAUCUUCUUCUUCAUCUUCAUCAUCGUCAUCAUCAUCAUCACAGGCUGCUUCACCGCCACCAAUUCAUUCCCAUCACCAUCAUCCUCAUCCGUCAAUAACACCGCCAACAUCUGUUUUACCACAAAAUGCUGUUGGUGGCAAUGGGGCGGUAACACAUCCAUCUCUUCCGUCAACACCCAAUCAACAACUGGUGUCGCAUCUUAAUACCAGCAACAGUAACCAGAGCAUUAUUAAAAUGAAUGUCGCACCAAGUUCAGCCCCAGGUGGUAGUGUUGGUGGUGGUGGUAGCGGUGGUAAUGGGAGUUCCAGUCAAGGAGCUACACCACCACAUGGUUUGAAUACACCAGGAGGGCCUGGAUCUGUUGGACAUACAUCAUUGUCAUCACCUUUACAACAACCUACCACUCCAAUGGUUAUUAAGGAAGAGCUACACCCACAGCAUACACCGCCAUCGGCAUCAAAUGGAUCCGAAGGUGGAACAUCAUCUAAUUUAUUUUGUGACUCUAGCAAAAAAGUAAAAUUGGAGGAAGAUAACAAUGGUUUGGAUAGUGCAACAGGUAAUAAUAAUUCCAUUCCCUCAUUUGGUGAUCCUCAUAAUUCACCCAACGGCUGUUUGACGUCGAAUGCUUCCACUUUGAGUACUAAUUCUAUGGCAAUAUCAGCUGCUGGUGGAAGCGAGAACAGCAAUGGUAGUAAUGGCAGUACCGGAGGCAACCCCAAUACAGGUAGUGGUGUCGCAAUGGGAUCCAACACAGUACAGCCGAUGCAUGUGACUGACAAAUCUGGAACCGAAACAAUAGAUGAAAAUUUCUUUUCUGUUGGUACUGUUAAAGAUGAACUGAUGUCAAGCGAUAGUGGAAUGCCAAUGUCACUUGGAUCAUUAGGCAGUGUUAAGAAAGAAGAAGCAAUUGAUAUGUCACCGGAUGGCUUUGGCCCUCUGACGAGUACAAUGCCUGGACCGAGUAUGUCUAGCAUGGUUAACAACAGUGGUUGCGGAUCUGGAGGGGGAAUGAGUAUGGGGCACUCACCAAAUAUGAUGGGAAUUAACAAUUCUGGGGGUCCUCCUUCUAUAGCUUCCAAUAGUGGUAGCGGAAGAGGAUCGAAUCUUAAUACCAUGGGUGACCUAGGUGUUGGUGGUGGAGGAUCUGUUGGAAGUGGAAAUUCUAGCAAUAUCAUGCCUCCAAAUAUGUCCGGUGCAAAUCUAGGUAUACUAGGUGGCAAUGGUGGUUGCGUCAUUGGGAACAGUGUUGGUGGCGGUGUACCUGGUGGAAAACCUCCCACAAGUGGUGGAGGCCCUGGCAAUGGAAAUUCAUCAGUGGAUUACAUGCAGCAACAAAAUCAUAUCUUUGUGUUUUCUACGCAAUUAGCUAAUAAAGGCGCUGAAUCUGUUUUAAAUGGACAAUUUCCCACAAUAAUUGCAUAUCAUUGUACUCAGCCGGCUACGAAGAAAUUUCUCGAGGAAUUCUUCCUUAAGAACCCAAUGAAAUUGUCCAAAAUGAAUCGACAGAAUUCAUUAAACGUUGGUGGUGGUGGUGGACAUUGGGGAAACCCCGGCCAAAACAAUGGAAACAUGAUGUCGAAAAUGUCACAGCAAAAUAGCAAAGCUGGAGGGCCGAAUAACAAUAGCAACCAAAGCAACAAUGGAAAUGGUGGAUCGUCAGGAAAUGGAUCGUCAUCAAGUAGUCAGUCGACACCAGCGACAAGUAGUAGUAGUAUAGGAAUGGAUGUUAAGCCACCAGCAGGUUUCCACGAUGAUCCUUUGGCGGGUGAUAGCGAUUUAAUGCCAUGGGAACAGACAACCGUUCAUUUAGGCCUUGAUGGUAUUUCGAACGGGAGCAAUUCUGGUGCGAUUAGUAAUCGGGGCACGGCUAAUACAACAGGCGGUCCAGAUCCAAAUGCAAUGGAUAGUAGUGGGUCACCGUCAUCGACUCCACAACAAAGGUUGUGUAGUUCGUCAACUCCCUUGAGUGCUGGAAUCCAACAGAGUCCCAGUAAAAUGUCAUCAGGAGGUCCAACAUCUCCUGAAAGUAUGCAGCCAUCACUUCAAGGUGUCAAAGUUCCCGACGAAAAUCUGACGCCACAACAAAGACAACACCGUGAAGAGCAACUUGCAAAGCUAAAAAAGAUGAAUCAGUUUUUAUUCCCUGAACAAAUGGGUGAUUUUGUCGGAGGACCUCACAUGAAUGCAGUUGAUCCAGUGACUGGGGCACCUUCCGUCUCAGGAGGACAAGGACCAGGAGGUCCCGGAAAAAUUAUGGACGUCAAUCAAACCAGUGCCGGUGGAGCAAUGAACAUGCUAGGAGAAUCAUUAGCAAGUGGUGGACCAGGACAAAUGCCUUCGAACAUGAAUGUUCGGGGUGGUGUAAUAGGUUGUGGUAGUGGUCCUGGUCCACGAGGUCAAAUGAACCGCUCCUCGCAUGGGCAAGGAAUAGGUGGCCCAAUGGGGCCUAUGAACGAUGGAGUAAUGAUGGGAGGGGGCGGAACACAUAAUGACAUGGGAGGCAUGCAGUGUGGUAUGAUAAUGUGCAAUCAAUCUGGAGGUGGUGGUCCCGGGGGUGGUUCUCAGGGCAUGGGUAUGAGUGGCAUGGGUGGUAUGGGCCCAAUGAAUCCCUGUGGUAUGGUGCUAGGCGGUGGUCCAGGUGGAAUGCCACCAGGUAUGGCUCAAAUGGAGUGGUCAAAGUUACAACAUCAAUUCUAUGAGGAACGUAAAGGCAAAAAUCCUCAGAACAUGGAAAUGAUGGGCAGUGGUAUUGGCCUAUGUCGUCAAUUGUCUGCCGGCAAUGGUCCCAUGGGCGGUGGACGUUCGGGCAUGAAUGCAGCUGGUGGAGUUCUAAUGUCAUCUAAUAGUGGUAACGGAAAUUCAAAUAGAUCACAAGGACCCCCACCUCCAUAUCAUCAAACACCGCGUUCUGCAUCUGUGCCCAUUGCAACACAAAGCCCAAAUCCUGGAAGUCCAAAUAAUCCCACAUCGAAUCUUUCACUUCCUUCACCAAGAACUGGUGGUGGUGGUGGAUCGACACUUAAUUCGCCAGCUGGUGAUUCAGGCUCAAAUAGUGGUAGUGCGGGUAGUGGUGGUAGUGUUGGCAGUGGCGGUAUUAGUGGUAAUGGUGGAAAUAGUGGUGGUGGAGGUAGUAGUGGCGGUGGUGGUGGAAGUGUCCCUGGACCCAAUGGAAAAUCACAAAUGUCAUCAUACAAACAACAAGAUUCUCCCCUUACACCUGGAGGAAGUAAUAUUGGCGGUGGAAGUUCGGGUGGAACAGGACCAUCUGGACCAGUCCAGUCAUCUCAAAAUUCUGCAAACAAUAGCGGAAAUAACAAUAAUUCUGGUAGUAGCAAUCAACAAAAUAACAAUGGGAACUCAUCUAGAAAUUCAAUGAGCCAUACUAGUAAUCCUAGUACACCUGUUUCAUCGCACAUGUCACCCAAUACGGCACUUAAAGAGAUGGAGUUAAGUGGCCCAGGAGGAGGAGGUGGAACAGGGGGACCUGGAGGAUCAGUGGGCAAUAAUAACAACGGAAAUCAUGGUAAAGAAAUUGGAGUUAAUUUGAUGCCAGUGCCGUCUCCACAGCAAAUUCAAUAUCUUAACACAUUUGAAAGUCAAGAAUUAACCAUUCAAAAACAACCCAAUACAACGGUUUUAAGGGAUUCAUCCAAUGCAGUUGGAUUAAUGUUAGCUUCUCCUGGAAAUCAUAGAUCAUGCAGCAACAGCAAUAGUUCUCCGAACAGCACUAAUUCGGUAAAUAUUUCAUUGUCUGCAUCACCAUCAUCAAUGUGUGGAAACGGGGGCGGUGGCGAUUCGAGGUACCCACAAUCCUCUGGAUCAGCAUCGAUGCAUCAUAAUCAUAACAGCAAUGGUAGUAAUAAUAAUAAUUAUUCCCAUAUAACCUCCAGUCCACAUAAUUCUAUGUCUUCGAUAACGGCUAACUGUAUUGAAAAGAAUUCUCGCCUCAAUACAACAUCAAAUCCAAGUCCACAAGGCUCUAGAACACCCAACAUUGGAGAACCGACAAAUAAUCCGUCGAGUAUAGAUUCUAGAUUUAAUCCAGUCAGUCCUGCAAUGAAUUAUCCCGGAAAUGUAGGAAAUAGCAGUGGACAUGCAGUAAGUGGACCUGGUAAUAGUAAUGGCGGAAAUAGCAAUUCCAAUCAAAGUCAACAGCAGCACCACCAACAACAACAACAGCAACAACAACAACAGCAGCAACAACAACAGCAACAACAACAACAGCAACAACAGCAACAACAGCAGCAACAACAACAACAGCAACAACAAGGUCUAAAAAUGGGUGGAUUCAUGGAUAACAAGUGUGGUGAUCAGUCACCAGCUGGGCAAUGUGUGAACUUUUGUGGUCGAACAGAUAAUUUACCUUUGAAUCCAAACAGCAGUCGACCUCCACCAGUGAAAGCUUCGCAUUUUGAUCCGAUUUCAUCUUUGGCUCAAAUGUCGCAACAGCUAACAAGCAGUGCAACUAAUUCCUUAAAUGGAGGACCUUCCUGCAGUGGUGGAUCGAGUGGGCAAGGCGCUGGAAGUAUGAUGAGUUCUGGGUUUUCAAGCCAUGCAGAAAUGCAAAUGGGAGGCGGGAUGCCUGGCAAUGCAGGGUCUCAUGGUAUCGACAGCAUGAUGGGAGGUCCUGGAGGUGAUAGCAUGGAUCACUGUGGCAUGGGAGGCUUGCCGCCACAUGUUCUAAGUGGCCCUGGUGGACAAUAUGGGGGAAUGCAUGGUGGGGGCAAUGCAGGCCCUGGUGGUGGAUCAAUGGUUGGAAAUCCCAUGAUGAUGGGUGGCCCACCAAUGAGUUCACGAAUGCUCUCGCCGAAAAUGAAUGUCGGUAUGGUUGGGUUUCAUGGUGGCCAUGGAGGCAUGGGCUUACCACCACCUCCACACAGAAUGAUGGGAAGAGCGGGAAUGGUUGGAUGCCCAUAUAAUGGUGCAAAUAUUCAAGUGAAAGCAAGUACACCCAACACCAUUCAGUAUCUACCAGUAAGGCCGCAGGUAAGCAAUACAAAUCCUAGAGUUCCGCCCAGUUUAGAAUUUCUUCAACGAUUUGCAAAUCCCCAAAUUUCUCCGAUGGAUGUUAGUGGAGGUGGGCCUAAUGGCUCAGGCCCCGAUGCCAGUAAAAUGCAACAACCAGGUGGUCCCGGUCAGGGCAUGAAUUUCUACCAAAAUUGCAACCAAAUGAGUGGGACAGGACCGGGUGGUGGCCCUGGUCCAGGACCAGGUGGCGGUAUGAACAAUCAUAUGGACACAAGUGGUCCUGAUGGAAUGAUGGGACUUGGUGCUCCACCAGUAGGAAUGGUCGGAGGGUCUGGGGGUCCAAUGGGUGGUGGCAUUAACUCACAAAUGAUGCGAGGAAUGCGACCGAUGCGUCAGCCAGGUGCUGGAAAUGGAAUGCUGCGCAUGCAAGGCCCCAAUCCGCACAUGAUUGGAGGGGGUGGCAUGCAUCCCUUCGGAAAUGGUCCGCCCAACCUUGAUGGCAGUCCUAACGAUCCAUCGAAUAUUUUCCAAAACAAUCAAAUGUUUGGAGGUCCACCUGGUCCUAAAGGAAGCCCCAUGGGUCAUGCAAACGGUCCGAAUGGGGCACCUAAUGGGCCCGGUUUAGGUGGCGGUUCUUCACCGAUGGGAGGCGGCCCACCUGGUGACCCAUCACAAUCAAUGCAACCACAAUUAAAUGGACCAGGUGGACCACCAAAUUCUGGUGGACCAAAUGGCACUGGAGUUCCGGGUCCCAAUUAUAAAUCAUCACCUUUUGUUGGCCCAUCAACCAGUGAUCUUAAAUACGCCCAACAAUAUCAUAAUUUCCAACAACAACUCUACGCAACUUCAACUCGAAGUCAAAUGAACUCACAACUCGGAGGUCACAAUGGUCCUCCUGGUGGCCAAGGUUUACCCGGUAUGCCUCCAAAUCAAAAUCCUUCGUUUUUUGUUUCGAAGUAAAUCAAUUACUGUUUGCCAUGUCAUUUUAUUUCAUAACAUAAAUCUACGCGCAGCUAAAACAUCAAAUUUCGCCGUAUGAAAAUGUUUGUUUUCAUAUAUUUUUUUUAUAUUUUUACUAUUGUUUCUUGUAUUCUUUGUUAUAAUUAAGUUAGAUGAGCUAUUUUUUAAAUAAGAAGAAACAAAUACAUUUUACAAAAGUGCUUUUUGCAAAACAAGGAAGUGGUAAACAAAAUGACGCCGUCUUAAAAUUUAGUAGUAUUAUACAUUUUUAGUUAAGUUAUUAUUUUAAAUACAUAAACAAUUUUAAAGUUUUUCAUUAAUAUUAAUAAAGUAAAAAUAUAUUGUUAUAUAAUACAUCAUACAACAUAAAGUUGACAAAUAAUAAUAAAGAAAAGCGCAGAAAUAGAACGAUUUUAAGAGGAUAAUUACAUGUUUAUAGCCCGAUUAUUUUAAAUUUUAUUUUAUUUAAUAAGGAAAUUGAGUUGUUUGUUUCUUUUGCGAGUGCGUUAUUAAUGAUUAUUAAUUUGUGUUUGUUUAGUUCGAUUAAUAUUUUUUUCAAAGUGAACAGGAACCACAACAGAAGAAAAAAUUGCGUGUGAUUUUAUGAAAGAUUAUAAAUAAAUUUUAAGACUAAAAAAAAGAAAUAUUAUUAAACUGAAAGAAAACACUAUUUUUCGUUUAUUAUUUUAAGAGGGUUAGUUAUUAUUAGGUAUUUAAAAACUUUACCUUUUGUCAUGUCGAUUGAGCAGUAUAUAUAUAUAUAAACUUUUAACAAAUGUCAUGUA